GUGCUGACAGCAGAGAGCUGGAUGUGGGGCUCUAACUCACGAACCGCAAGAUCAUGACCUGAACUGAAGUCCGAUGGUUAACCAACUGAGCCACCCAGGCACCCCUCAUUACAACCAUUUUAAAAGUCAGAGAGCAAGAACUGUUUCAGUUUGUUUGUUAUAUAGCUUGGGAACUUUUUUUUUUCUGUUCACAUCCUUUAACCUUAGACUCAUCAAAUACAGGAUUCGUCCUACACAGUUAGGUGUUUCCUGUCUCGUUAACCUUUAGUAGUUGCCAAGCACUUUUUCCCUGUCAGCAUUCUGCAUUACUUUUUUUAAAGCUCUUUUAAAAAUCAAACUCUGUUAUUUAUAUCUUUCUAUAGAAACAAGUCCUAUUUAAUGUUGAGCUUUCUUGAAAGUAAUAUUACACUCUAUGUUAACUAAAUGGAAUUUAAAUAAAAACUUGAAAAAGGAAAAAACAAUGUCAAGGUCCCUGUGUUUGUAGUGAAUAUAAUAUUAAUUUGUAUUGUAUUCAUCAAGCAUCUAGAGUGAUGCCUAGAGUGAAAAGAAACAGAAUUGGUGGUUGUUUCUCUUCAUUUGUUUUUCACAUCUGUUUUGACAAAACUGUGAGAAUUAGACACUUUAGGAAUCCUAAUUUUAUGUUUGUUAUGGUAAACUUCAACCUUUUCUGUAUUUUAGGUCUCAGUAGGAUCCUAGGGCUUUGUACAAAAGGCAUAUGUAAAGACAUAUGUAUUUUUUAUUUAUUUUUGAAUAGGCAGAAUAUCCAAAGUUCUGAACAGAAUUCGGUAAUAGAAAGGCUUUCUUCUGCUACUGUCCCCAAGUUCCCCAGAGGCCUCCAGUAUUACCCUUUUUGAAAGAGAUAACAUUCGUCACUUGAUUCUUUUACAUGUUUCACAACUAUUUAAAUCUAGUGUUAACAACAAAAUUAGUAAUUUCUUCCUUGAAUCUUUAAAAGUGUGUGUUAUGGGGCACCUGGGUGGCUCAGUCAGUUAAGUGUCUGCCCCUUUGUUUCAGCUCAGGUCAUGAUCUCUCAGUUCGUGGGUUUGAACCCCGUGUUGGGCUCUGCUCUGACAGUGUGGAGCCUGCUUAGGAUUCUCUCUCUCUCCCUCUCUUUCUCUUCCCUUCCCCUGCUUGUGCUCUCUUUCAAAAAAAAAAAAAAGUAUGUUACAUUUUGGCGGCGCCUGGAUGGCUCAGUAGGUUGAGUGUCCAACUUCGGCUCAGGUCAUGAUCACGUGGUUCUUGAGUUCAAGCCCUGUGUCAGGCUCUGUGCUGACAGCUUGGAGCCUAGAGCCUGCUUUGGAUUCUGUGUCUCCCUCUCUCUGUUCCUCCCCUACUCACACUCUGUCUCUUUCUCAAAAAUAAACAUUAAAAAAAAUAAUUAAAAAAUGUAUGUUACAUUUUGAUGGCAGCUGUAAGUUGUCUGUUUUCCGCUGGGGUGGUGGAGCCAAGGUGACAAUUGUGGCCCUGAAGGGAGCUAACAUCUGCGUGUCCUGAGUGAAGGAGUAAGAUAUGGACCCCCCUCUUCCUUGUGGGUGCCUUAAUAUUUGUAUUUAUAAUAUAGAUACUCUCAGGGGAAUAUGUUAAUUCUUUAACCCUUGAUGCACAAAGAAGUUUCAGAGACAUUUCUAUAUGCUCUUGUUGAGGGGAUUCUAGAAGGGAAGGAGGUUGAUACAGAUCACUCAAGGAGAAAUUAUGGAAACCAUAAAGUCAAACUAUUGGCUAAGAAGUUGCCAAGGCUCUAGCCUGUAUCUGUGAGACAGUGCUGUAUACUGAGUGGAACUGAAUCAAAACUGGAGGCUACAAUCCUGCAUGCUGUUGCACUAACAUCAUUUGGAACUGUAACAGUAAAGACUUGCUCCAUGUUAUUUGUCCUCCAUUUUUUGCGAACCCCUCUUGCAAACACUCACCUAUACCCCACACACACUAAAACAGAGCCCCUUUCUAUCUUUGUCACCAUCUGGUGUCAAAUGUGCAUCUGCUAGGGCUGCAUAGGCACCCAAAACACCUUUAGGCAGACAGUGUUGAUUACACUGAGGUGCAUAUUUGAUGAGAGGGAAUUUUUAGAAUAGGUAGUUACAGAUUUAGAAAAUCACUGAAUGGAGGUUGAUAGAAGAAAACAUGUUCCUUUCAGUUAUGAAUUUUUGAGUAACAUCUAGGGGGGAAAAGACACUUCCUUUCUAAAAAGGAUUUCAGAUAGAAUGGGGAAAGGGAGGAAUUGCACUGUUUCCCUCACAAUUGUGCCUUUUUUUUUUUUUUUAAGGAAAAUAUCCCAAAGAACUCUUGAUGACCAGGCACUUCUUUAUACUGACAGCUGCUUGUGGAGUCUUCGUGCAUUUCCUGGCAAAUAAAAUAGGGCAGGACCCUUUAGUCAUUACCCUACUGGAGCUUUUUAGCCUAAUUUUAAUUCAGAAUGAUGCUGGAAAGAUUUAUAAAGGAAUUGGUGUGAUUAUUCAUAACAAUUAAACUUUGCUUAUUAGUAAACACGUGAGACCCAGGUCCCUGACACCUCCCCCCACCCCCUCCCCCAAGGUGCAAGGCCCAGAGAUAAGGCAGGCCAGGCCUUGCUGAGGAGGGUGUGUACCAACAGAGAAACAGGAAGCUGUGCUUAGCCCGGCUUGCCUGGAGGUUUCCAACUCUGGUCAGGUGUACUAAAGUCCCGGCAAGAGACACGUUCGUUCUGAGCCCUAGCAGCCACGCUGCUCGGCAUAAAUGCUUCAGACUGUCAAUAACUGAUGUGUAGAGAGAAGUAUGACUGCAUUACAGCUUAAAGAGCUGUCCCACUCAGGUCUCUACCGGAGAAGACGAGAUCGCCCCGAUAGUGUGAGACUAAAUGGGUUACCGGAGGAAGAGCUAAGCAACAUGGCCAAUGCCCUGGCCAAUGCCACCUGUGAGCGCUGCAAGGGGGGCUUUGCGCCCGCCGAGAAGAUAGUAAACAGUAACGGGGAGCUGUACCACGAGCAGUGCUUCGUGUGUGCCCAGUGUUUCCAGCAGUUCCCAGAGGGACUCUUUUAUGAGUUUGAAGGAAGGAAGUACUGUGAACAUGACUUUCAGAUGCUCUUUGCUCCUUGCUGUCAUCAGUGUGGUGAAUUCAUCAUUGGCCGAGUUAUCAAAGCCAUGAAUAACAGCUGGCAUCCUGAGUGCUUCCGCUGUGACCUCUGCCAGGAAGUUCUGGCAGAUAUUGGAUUUGUCAAGAAUGCUGGGAGACAUCUAUGUCGCCCCUGUCAUAAUCGUGAGAAAGCCAGAGGCCUUGGAAAAUACAUCUGCCAGAAAUGCCACGCCAUCAUCGAUGAGCAACCGCUGAUAUUCAAGAAUGACCCUUACCAUCCAGACCAUUUCAACUGUGCCAACUGCGGGAAGGAGCUGACUGCUGAUGCCCGGGAGCUGAAAGGAGAGCUGUACUGUCUGCCGUGCCAUGAUAAAAUGGGGGUCCCCAUCUGUGGCGCUUGUCGACGGCCCAUUGAAGGGCGCGUGGUGAAUGCUAUGGGGAAGCAGUGGCAUGUGGAGCAUUUUGUUUGUGCCAAGUGUGAAAAGCCAUUUCUUGGACAUCGACAUUAUGAAAGGAAAGGCCUGGCAUAUUGUGAAACCCACUAUAACCAGCUAUUUGGUGAUGUUUGUUUCCACUGUAACCGUGUUAUAGAAGGUGAUGUGGUCUCUGCUCUGAAUAAGGCCUGGUGUGUGAACUGUUUUGCCUGUUCUACCUGCAACACUAAAUUAACACUCAAGGAUAAGUUUGUUGAAAUUGAUCUCAAACCAGUCUGCAAACACUGUUAUGAAAAAAUGCCAGAAGAAUUUAAGAGGCGACUUGCCAAACGGGAGAGAGAAGCAAAGGAUAAGGACAAGCAGAAAAAGAAAAAGCCAGUCUGUUUGUAAACUUUUCUGUCCCUUCUAUCAUCAUUUUCACUACUUUCUUCUUUGGAAUAAAUUUGUGGAGUUUGACAUGAAGCCAGUCUGUAAGAAGUGCUAUGAGAAAUUUCCAUUGGAGCUGAAGAAAAGACUUAAGAAACUAGCUGAGACCUUAGGAAGGAAAUAACUUCCUUUCUUUUGUUUUUUCUCUUCUGUGCAAAGAAAAGAGAUUACCAACAUUACUUGACUUGGUCCACCCUGUUUAAAGCUGUAUCUCAAAAUAAUUGAGAGUGAAGAGGGCCUAUAUGAAUGGUUUUCUUUAUCUCCUUUUUCUCAUUAAAAAAGAAAAAAAGCUUGUGUAAUCAUAUUUAAAACACAGAUGAGAUCAUGAUGCUUUUGUUAAAUACCCUAUCAGUUUGUUGAAAUGUAGACUAUACUUAACAGCAAAAACACAUGGUUAAAUGUUACAUGUUAAUCAAGGUCCAAAAAAAUUAAUUUAACUUUUAAAAAUGAAAAUAGGGAGUCAGCUUUCACAUGACUCAGAUACAAUAGAAACAUUAUUUUACUUUGUAUUUGAAAGAAAAUAAAUUCCAACAGCUGUUGGGGAGGAUAUAAGGAAGAAAAAUAACCAACCAAGAAAAACAAAUCUUGUAGAAUGUUAGUAUGUUUAUCAAACUAGUAGUUAUAAAAUGAAUGUACACAUUACUAAGACAAGAAACAAGUGCAUUCAAAACUACUUGAUUUCAUUUUUUGUUAAAUUCAAUAAUUACUAUGCUUAGUUUUAUAUUUUGUUCUCCUUGUGAAACUCUUCCUUCAUACAGUUACUUAACAUAGUAGUUAUAGCUAGCUAAUAGUAUGCCUUUUUAAAUUUUUUGCAAAAAAAAUUUAUACUAGACAUUUGAAAAUUCAGUACACUUUACAAUAUUGGAAAAAAUGAAGUAUUUUUUAAUGGAUUACAGCAAUUAUGCUUCUAAGCUUAAGGUCAAAGAUGUAGUCUUAGAAUAGGACACAAAAUUAAAUUUUAUGUAGCUUAGAAUGUAUCGCUUAAAAACAAGUGAAUUUAUAUGUAUUGGUCUUCUUGCCUUUAUAACCAUGCUGACUAAUAUCUGUGCUUCAUACAUAAUCAAACUUGCCUUGCCUUAGAAACAUACUUAAUUCAGGAAUCCUAGCUGUUUCGUGCAAUACCAAAAAUAAGUGCAUUGAUUGAGAUUUGUAAACCCAAAUUCAUUUGCCACCACUAAGAUGAGAUUUUUUUUUCCUCUCCUUUUUUUGGGAAACACAUUGAAAUUAAUUUUUGUCAUCUUAUUAAAAGAAUGAUAUUGAUAUGUGUUUCAAGUUUUUCAUUUCAAAUCUCAUAAUUGGAUUUUAUUUAAGUAGGAGGUAAAAAUGACAUUUUUAAAUUGGAAGGGGAUGUUUAAAUGUCAAUUUUAGAUCAAAAGUAGUGAAUCAUUCUACUUUAUAAAAUGUUUUUUAAAAGUUUAUCCUGAAGUUUCUAGACCAUUCUUUCUUGGCAAACUUGUUUGCAAUGCAAAUUUUGUGAGCAAUUGUUAAAUGUUGCUGCUGCUAUUUUUCAUUUAAAAGUAAGUUCCCAAGACAGACUUCUAAGGAGGAAAGUAUUGGUUUUUUAAAAAAUUGCUGAAAUACUGUUUUGCCAUUAAAAAAAAAAAAAAAACACCUCAGGAUGCUACUCACUCUGCCAUUAAAGUAUUUGUAUGCAUGUAUUUUUUAAAAGUUUGUGCAUGCACUUUACAAGAGUAAAUUCUAUCUUGGUUUUUAGAUAACUUAUAACCAGUUAUUUUUUAGUGUUCUUUUAGAGUUCAAAGAAUUAUCAAUGAUUGAAAAUAAACAAUAUAUAGUUUAAGACUGUAUAUACUCAGAAGUUUAAAACAGUCUUUGCAUUGGACAGUAAGAAUCAAAAUCCCUCUGUGUGCCUUCGUCAGCUAAUAUGUAACCAGCAAGGAAAACCUUGAAAGUAUUUAUUAAAUACUGUACUAUGGAUAUAGGCCAAAUAGUACAGGCUUUGGCAGUUUGGGGUCUUGAUGCUAAAUUCUCAAAUACCCCUACGGCAGAAAUAAGGAACAGAAGAGCAACCAUUUACCCAUAGUCUUAAUCAUUUUGAAGAUGCAUGAACUCAGCUCAGCUUGUUUACAUAUCUUACACAGCCAGGCCUCUCCUGUAGCCAGAUGUCCCACUACUGUCUUUGCUCACUCUUUUAAAAUAAGAAUUGGUAUUUCCUGGAAGUUUUAGUACUCUAGGGUAUUUUGUCUAGAUGCAAUACUUCCUUCCUUGAUAAGGGACAUCAUUGGAGCCCUUACCUGUGGGAAAGGAAGAGGAAGUCGAAAAGUUGCAAGUGGAAUAGAAGACUUGGUUGAGUUCAUAAUACUUUUCAUGGGGUUUUCCCUGGCUGUGGAAAAACUCAGGCUAGUAAGCAUUUCUCUGUUUAAAGUCCUACAAGGCAAUUUGAAAUAAUUCAUUGUUCUUACCCAAUUUCUAAGUGCUCUUUUUCAUACCAAGCCUACCAUAAUUGGGGGAAAUGUCUGGGUACAAGUAAAACAUUCUUUGGAUCAUGUUCAAAGCCUUAUUAAUAUUGUACCUAAAAUGAUAGGUCAUUUUGCCUCACUUGCCAAAAUAGCCAUUUCUAAGUUAAGGAAAUUUUGAGGUAGGCUUACAGCAUUAUUGUUGUAUUUCAUUUUAGAAUGUAAGCUCGAUGGCAGGGACACUAUAUUGUUAAUUAUGUUUUUGUAUAGCAACCAUUGCAGUAUACUCUUGGUGCUUAAUAAAUGUUCACAAUUAUUAAGAGUAA